UCAUCACAAGAACAAACCCACGAACGCGCAUACACUCUCAUGAGACAACACUGAUCGAUCGAUCAAGUCCAGCCGAGUAGCGGGCAUGGAGGACAUGGCGCUAGCAUCGGAGCUGGACCGGCUACAGGCGAUGGCGAGGGAGCUGGGUGCGCAGGUCGACAACAACGACGCGCCGGCAGCCGCGAGGGAGCUCUGCGGCGCGCUGGCCGCGUCCGUCGACAGGGCCGUCUGCCUAGCCGGCUACGGAGGCGGCAAUGCCGGCGCCGGUAAGAACAGUGGCCAGCCGAGGAACAGCAGCAGGAAGGCGGCCACGGCGGCGAAGACCAGAAGGCAGGUGCGGGUGGCGUCGGUGCAGGACACGGCGCCGCUCGACGACGGGCUCAGCUGGCGGAAGUACGGCCAGAAGGACAUCCUCGGCGCCCCGUACCCGAGGGCAUACUUCCGGUGCACGCACCGGCACUCCCGGGGCUGCCAAGCCACCAAGCAGGUGCAGCGCGCCGCCGGCGACCCGCUGCUCUUCGAAGUCGUGUACCACGGCGACCACACCUGCGCCCAGCCCCCCGCGCUAUCGCUCCUAAGCGCGCAGCAGCCACCUGCCUCCGGCCAGGAGCAGGGAUUGCCGGCUGCGACACAGGAAGAGAUGCAUAUGCAUUGGUGGGCGGCAGAGCCCGUGACGCCACCCGAGUCCAUGGACGUCUGCUGCCCGCCAACAAACUCCUGGUACCAGCAUGCCGGUAGCUAUGGCUACGCGGCUGGUGCCGGCCUUGGGACUGACAUGGACUUUGAGGCUCAGCUCGACGAGUUCUUGAAUCCUACAAAGUUUUUCCAGCCAGAGAUUCAGACCCUGUAA